CUGCGUGUAGCCAUUUUCGCGUUUCUCCGUGAAUUUUGCGUUCCCGCAAGAAGUUCCAAAAAGUUUGCAAAAGGGACACUGUUGGGUGUCAUUGAUGUUAUCGCCCGCGAGUGAGACGCAUCAGUAAAUAGUGUGUGCUACUGUUUUAUGCGUAGGCUGGCGCAUAACGGUGAGACAACAGGAGGCGGUGGCGGCGAGACGUCUCCCGAGAGAUCACCGGAAGACGAGGCCUCUUGCUGGUGGACUUCCUGGACGACUAUGGGCUGCUUCGGUUCGGCGGGGAGCAAGCAAACGGACGCCGGUGGCUCUGAGGAUUCCAAGAGUCAGAAGAGACGCAGUGAUGCCAUAACGAAGCAACUGCAGAAGGACAAGCAGGUGUACAGGGCGACACACAGACUCCUACUCCUGGGCGCCGGUGAGUCCGGCAAGUCGACUAUUGUGAAGCAAAUGCGAAUUCUACAUGACGCCAAUGGGUUUUCCGAUCGUGAGCGGAAGCAGAAGAUUGAGGAUAUCAAAAAGAAUAUUCGUGAUGCCAUCUUGACGAUAACCGGAGCCAUGAGCACACUAAAUCCGCCGAUUCAAUUAGAGAGGCCCGAGAAUCAAGCAAGGGUUGAUUAUAUUCAGGAUGUGGCAUCAAAUCCGGAUUUCAACUAUCCACCAGAGUUUUAUGAGCACACAGAGCAUCUCUGGAAAGACCGUGGUGUUCAACAAACAUUCGAACGUUCGAAUGAAUAUCAGCUAAUCGAUUGCGCUCAAUAUUUUCUUGAUCGUGUAAGUGUAAUAAAGCAGCCGAAUUAUAGUCCAACAGAGCAGGAUAUUUUGAGGUGUCGUGUCCUGACCUCGGGCAUUUUUGAAACAAGAUUUCAAGUUGAUAAGGUCAAUUUCCAUAUGUUUGAUGUCGGUGGUCAGCGAGAUGAGAGACGCAAGUGGAUUCAGUGCUUCAAUGAUGUUACUGCAAUUAUUUUCGUAACAGCCUGCUCGAGCUACAACAUGGUGCUGCGUGAAGAUCCAACACAGAAUCGCCUGCGGGAGUCCCUUGAUUUAUUUAAGAGUAUUUGGAAUAAUAGAUGGUUGCGUACAAUUUCCGUGAUCCUCUUCUUGAAUAAGCAAGAUUUAUUAGCAGAGAAAAUUAAAGCGGGGAAAAGUAAAUUGCAGGAGUAUUUCGCAGAAUUCACCAGAUAUCAAACUCCGGCUGAUGCAAUUGCUGAGCCCGGAGACGAGCCAGAAGUAAUUAGAGCCAAAUAUUUCAUCAGAGAUGAGUUUUUGCGCAUAUCAACUGCUAGUGGCGACGGAAAGCACUAUUGCUAUCCCCAUUUCACAUGCGCUGUCGACACGGAAAAUAUACGGCGAGUGUUUAACGAUUGCAGAGACAUCAUUCAAAGAAUGCACCUCCGGCAAUAUGAGCUUUUAUAGAUCUUAUUAGUAACGGAACUUUUUGUCGUCGCCAUUCUACUGUAUUAUGUUAACAGUUUUCUUUUACUAGUGAGAGAAAGAGUGGUGGAAGUGAGGAAAAAAGUGUUCUAAUUUGUGGAAAUGUGUGGAGAAGCAGUGAGGAUUUUUCAUAGGUAUAAAAUGCAUCCAUCACAUCUGAUAGAGUCUUCAAAGAGAAGAAGAGGCAAAAGUAUAGGAGAGUUAGGAGGAAAUGUAUGAAAGUAAAUUCAUUGAACCAUUCACAUUGCGUUGCAAAAGGAGUCAAAGAUUGAGGGAUGACGAGGAUGAGAGACACCAAAUCAAAUCACAUAAAGCAGCACACAGUGAACACACAUUGAUACACACAAGAAACUAGCCAAAUAAGGUAUGAAAUACACAUUAAAAAUUUAAUUAUUUAAAAAAAAA